AUGGCGGACGCAAAGACUCCUGUCUUUUUUGCAGUAUGUAACAUUCCUGCUUCUUUUCGUUCCGCUGAUCUGAGAAACUACUUUAGCCAGUUCACUGAGAGCGGAGGAUUUAGCUGCUUCCACUUCAGACACCGGCCAGAAGUUUUGAAAGACCCAGAGAACAGCGGGACAUCGAAUGAACAAAGCCCGAGAGAGGAGCGAGGAGAGACGGACAUGGACCCGACGGACACGGGAGAAGAGAGGCUUAAGACGGCCACAUCCUGCUGCUGUGUUGCGUCUGUCCACGCUGCAUACGCUCCCAGGUUUAUGAAGAUGUAUUCUGGAACUCACUGGAUAAACUCGAAGGGAAACUGGUUAAAAAGGCGAUGUGUUAUCAAGAGGAUCAAGGUUUCACAGGACAAAGAUGAAGGCACGUUUCCAUACAAGACCAAAUCGGAGCAUCACCGUCACGUGUCUGAGCUUUUCACAGAGAUGGACCUCAGGACUCUGUCGGAGCUGAACCCGCCCGCACUGAUGCCCAACGGGAAUGUGGGCACUCCAGUGACCGUGUUCCUUCAGCUGAUCCAGUCCUGUCGCCUCCCUCCACGACUCAUCAAGAAGCUCGGCCUGGUUUUCCCCAAGACCAGCUCCAACCGUCGCUACGGAAACGUACCAUUUCUCUAUCACAACACGAGAACUGUGGCAGCGGUGGAUGAGACUGUGAUGACCGCAGCGGGACACGAGAUUGCAGGGCCUGGGGGCUACACUCCUCCAGCCCUGAAGAGAGGAGGAAAGGUUAAUGAGGAGAGUGGACCAUCUGAAACCCCAAACAAUCCAGAGAAGGAAGAAGAGGCACAGUCCGACGCAGAUGACGAUGAUGACUGGUGCGAGGAGUGGGAGCGGCACGAAGCCUUGCACGAGGACGUCACAGCUCAGGACAGGACCAAAGAGCGUCUGUUUGAGGAGGAGAUUGAGCUGAAGUGGGAGAAGGGAGGCUCUGGGCUCGUCUUCUAUACUGAUGCGCAGUACUGGCAAGAGGAAGACGGAGAUUUUGACGAGCAGACAGCCGACGACUGGGACGUGGACAUGAGUGUUUACUAUGACAAAGACGGAGGAGAUAUGGAUUCGCGGGACUUUGUGCAAAUGAGAUUUGAACAGAGACGCAGGGAUGGACUUGAAGACGCAGCUGAUGAGGGUCAAGCUAUUGGGAAAUUUGAAAAGUUCACAAAGGGUUUCGGGCGCAGGCUGAUGGAGAGGCAGGGCUGGAGGGAUGGCCAUGGCCUGGGCAGCAGUCACAUUGGCAUCUCUGAAGCUUUAGAGAACGAUGGGCAGCAUCCAAACUGCAAACGAGGUUUUGGAUACCAUGGGGAGAAAUUGCUUUUACAUCCCAGAAAAAAGUCAAAGCCCCAACACCUCAUCUCCACAAAGUAUGACCCACCGAAGGACAAGGACGCAGGAGACUCGUUAUUACGGCGACAGGCUCCGACCAGCAUGAAGUACAGAGGCUGGACACCAGGGGGCAGCAUAGGACCCAAGAGAUGA